AUGCAUCUACCUCUCUCUUUCGGCCAACUCUUCAAGUCCAAACCUACUGUCUUUUUCUUUUCGGCAGAGGGAUCAGAUGUCAGCCAGAACAUCGUGAACCUGUUGCAAGACGACCACUAUCAGAUGAAACGCAUCAAAGCCAAGCACUUGCGUAAACGAAAAGUCAAUGUCAUCUUCUACGAUGAGAUGGCUGACCAGGGACAACUCUUCAAGCAGCUCACUUUAUGUGAAUUUGAUAUCGUCAUACUUAUCGGCGACAUGGUGCUGAAAUAUUAUGAUGGGACAAUUCGAGCCGACCGCUGCAUUACUGUCGAGCGACGUGGCAUCAACGGAGUAGGCGCAGCUCGAAAAGCAAUACUCGCAACGCUUGGGAUCAAGCUCAGUUCGAAUAUUUAG